AUGAGUUGGAUCUGCUGGGAAGACGCUGCUGCAGCAGUCCCUACUCCAGAGGGCCUGCAGGUCAAAUGGGACAAGCAACCGUUCAAACCUACUCUACGAGAUCUCCAGAACAAAUCUGGAACUAAUCCAAGUCCUAUCCCGGCCUUCUCCCCUGAGCACCCGGUGGCUCUCCUAGGUGAUAGGUUGUUGGACACCUCUCCGGUUCACACAGUCAUUCCCCCUAUAGAAAUUACCCUGACAGAUGUUUUUGUGCCYCUUGAGUCCAUUAAGCCCAGCAGCCUGUUGCCUGUGACGGUGUUUGAUAGCCACAGUUUGCGGGUGCUCUUCCACUUUGCACGUGACUCUCCGCCCUCUCUUGCUGAUGUGCUGGUGGUGAUCAUCUCCAUGCUCUCCUCCGCCCCGGUUCCAGUCAGCAACAUCCUCUUCCACGCCUCUGUCCCUGACACAAUGAGAGUGAAGCUACAGCCCCCAUCAGGAACGGAGCUUCCAGCCUUCAACCCAAUCCUCCCACCUGCUGCCAUCACACAGAUCCUGCUGCUGGCCAACCCUCACAAGGAGAAGGUGCAGUUGCAAUACAAGCUAACCUUCGCACUAGGAGAGGAAGACCAUGAUGAAAGAGGAGUUGUAGCACAGUUUCCACCUUCAGACACAUGGGGCAAUCUUUAACAUUCAACAGAUUGACAAGAUGUGGCAUCUCACUCAGACACUGCAUAAACCUUGCUUUUUAAAAAUGCUUCUAUUGAUUACCUUGCUUAGCCAAUCUCAACUGGGUGUUCGCUUUAUGCUUUGGAGUAAUGUCCUCUGUGCAGCUUUACAACGUACAUAGUACAGCCAUAUCUUGUUUUUAACAAAUAGUAUAAAUUCUAUGAAUGAAGGACAACCUAUUUGUUUACUUUCAUGCUCCGGGAGACAUGCAAUGGACCCUUUGGGGAAGGCUCAUCUUUGUCUCAUUCUUUUUAUAUAGCUGUAGACUAUCCUGCUGAAUUACUGUUGAGGUUGUUUACCCCACCAUGCUCCCAGGGUUGCUUACUGUGAUAAUGGAGCACUCUUCCUCUCCUUCUGCACGGAGAAUGGUUUGCCUGAUAUCCUUGUCAUGUAGAAUGAGACAUUCUAACAGUGAAGUCCUAUUUAAUCUGCCAUUUGUGCCUAUUUAAGGUUUGUUUUCACUAUCAUGUCCAUUUGGAUGGUUUGUCGGUUUUACCUGUUACUCGAUAAAUCUUUUCAGACAUUGCAUGUGUCUUUUACUCCGUGCUGGUUCAGAUUACCUGUUCUGGGAAUAAAUCUGUUUUAAAGAAAGA